UGGUCACGUGGCGCGGCACGCGGAGCGGCCUGAAAGGAGCGCGACCCUCGGUCGGGAGGCGCCAUGGCUGAGGAGAGCAAGCCGGGGGGCCAGAUAGGGGCCGCCCUUGCCCAGGUGGGUCGCCCGCCCGACCGGAGAAAGGCGGCAGCCACGGCAGCUUUCCUCCCUUAGCCAGGCAGCUGCUUGACCAAACUCCCAGAAGCCUUUGCGCCAAAAGCUCCCUCGCAUCAUACUUCCCAAGAUCCUUUGCUCCAUGGUUCAAGAGGAUCUUCAGAAGCUGAAGGAGAAACUACAAGAUGCCAGCCAUGACUGGGAAGAGGUGGCUAUUCAGAGCCUUGAAGCUGCUAUUGAAAGGACAGAGAGUGAACUGAGGAAACAUGCGGAGAAGUAUUUAAAUGCUAUAAACAAGUCUGUGUUGACUAUUUCAUCGAUCGAUAAUGUGGACCUGUGUUCAAGACAGAUUUCCAGAUGGGGCAUCCCUUUGGAGACUUCUCAGAAAGAAAUCAUCUUCCCAGAGAUGUCUGCAAUCGUCAGACGAGGAGGCAAGCCAUCACUGCAAAUGUCUUCAGGUUCGAAGCACAAGCUUUCCAUGGUGAUGAAGAUCAUGUGCAAUCCACGGAACGACUGCCACCGGCGCCUAGUGAAUGAGAACUAUGGAGUCAACUUGCCACUAAUCCCUCGGAGGGAGACAGCUCCGGCACCAACUCAGAAGGUCGCCAAAGGCGUGACAAUGGACAACCUCUUGGUGGCUCCACCCACCCACCGUGGCUCCCGUGUGCUGUUGCCUCUGGCCGAAUCGGAUGCCAGGAGAGGUAUCCUGAAUCUAAUAGAAAGGGGCCUGAUCCCACGCGCUGCAAGGAUUACCCUAGAGAAGCCUCCAGUCCUACCCAAACCUGCUCCUCUUCAUGAAUUCCACACAAAGCACAAGAAAGAUGGAGGUGUGGAGAGCCAGAAGGCGGGUGUGCGUCCUCUGUCGCACACCAAGCCGGCUUCCUCCCACAGCCACACCAGCAGGGGCAGCAAAGGGAGCAAGGGCAGCAUCGCACCACCCCCGUCCUGCAUCUCCGUUGUGUCGCCCAAGAAGUCCAAGCAGCAGCUCGUUCCAGUCACGCAGAAGCAAGAGCCGCCCACAUCCGACUGGCUGUCGAAGAAGUCCCCAGAAAUUUCACCAGGUCAGGAGUUCCAGAAUGCGCUUUUGGAUUUUGAUAUCCCCGUUUGCAAAGGAGCCAUAGACCGCGAGGCUUCCAUUUUCCUGGGGUUCAAACAUCACUGCUGCCUCUUCUGGGGAAGUGUCCUCUCGUUCUUGGAGCACGUGGAGCGUCUUCUGAAAGACUACGCAGUGCCCUCCGCCACCAUCCAGGGAAGGAAGGUGAUGGAGAUCCUCCCGGAUUUUGAGCUGGACCAAAGGCCCACCAGAGAGGAGCUCCUCUCGGUGCUCAAGAACUACUCCACGGUCAAGAUGCUCCUCAGCCAGCCUGGCCAGAGGUACAAGGGCCAAAACGGCACCCAAGCGGCAGCCACCAAGAUCCAGGCGACCUGGAGGUGCUACAAAUUCAGAAAGGCCUACAUCACGUUCCGGCAGCAGCAGUGGGCCUCGGGGGUCAUUGCCAUCUCGUGGCUUGUGCGCGUCCACAUGGCGCGUGUCCGGAAGGCCCUGAAGGAAGCACGGCAGAGGCACCUGGAGAAUUUCAACACCAGAGUCAAGCAUCUGGCCGCCAACUGGAAUCGCAUCAGGACCUCUAGGAGGACUAUUAUCCAUAUCCCGUCAUUAGGUUACUCACAGCUCAUUCGAGAGGCGUCUCCCGAUUUCACCAUUCACCAGGGAUCGCAGUUUGGAAGGCUGUGUGAAAUACAAGAUUCCAACGUGGACGUCAUCUAUGUUUGCCCGCUUCAAACAAGCGAGGAAUUGCGGCGCUAUUACCAUAAGCUCUUGGGUCUGCAGGCAGCUGUUAGAUCUGGGAACCCCAAGGACAUGGCUGACCUGCAGGACAGGUUCAAAAUCCUCACCCCUGAAGCCAUAAACAGCUUUCCUAACCGCCCUUUGUCCCUGGCUACCCUCCUGAAAUACAGCCCCAAGACCAUCAAAAGGAUCCGAAACCUGAUCCAGGGCAAAGAGGCCUACAUGGUCGGCGGACUCCUUCACCAAGAUGACCUGGAAGUGGCUGAUGCCUUAGAUGUGCCCAUCUUUGGCUCUGCCCCUGAAGUGGCUCAUCUCUAUAGCUCCAAGUCGGGAAGCAAAAGGGUCUUUGCUGCUGCGGGGGUGCCCAUGCCCCCUGGCCAGUAUGACAUCUACAGCAGGCCACAGGUGUUUGAGGUCCUGAGCCAGCUGAUCCUUGACUACCCAGAAGUGAAGCGCUGGGUGUUCAAGAUGGACCACGACUAUGCGGGGAACGGCACAGCAUACUGCGACAUCAUUGACCACCUCAGGUGCUACCCGUGGGUCCAGAAGGAGAUCCAUCGAUACGGCCCUGAGAUAUGGAAGAGUAAAUGGGCCCACGAACCAGCUUUGGCAAAGAUCUCCCAGGAGCUGCCGGGCCUUUUAGCACAGCACGCUCAGGCUGUCAAUGAGAAACGAUUUCCUACAUGGGGAAAAUUCCUCCAAACGUUUGUGAGUCAAGGCGGAGUCAUAGAAGCCUUCCCACCCUCAGACAGUGUCACCAACCUCACGGUGGAUAUGCUAAUAGAGCCCACGGGAGAGAUCAGCAUGGUUUCUUCUGGAGACCAGAUCCAUGCUGAUGGUCCCUUCCGGUCUUCAGGAACCACCUUUCCACAGGCAUCUGUUGAAUCCAGAGUCCUUAACUUGCUGUGCUCUAAGAUUGGAGAGGCCUGCAAAUCCAGGGGAGUCGUUGGUUACUUCUCAAUUGACUUUGUGACCUUCAUCCACCCCCAGACAAGGGGACAGCAGGUAUGGGCCAUAGACCUUGAUCUGCACUAUAGUGACCAUCUGGCAUUGACGCGGAUCUUGCUGUACGUCACAAACGGGACGCUGGAUUGCAGCUUAAGCCGCUUCAGUGUGCAGAUCAUUCCAAAGAAGCCAAAAGGACACCACCCCCCUGAAGAAGAACCUCAAACUCCUCCCACAGUCAGCCGUUACGUUGUCAUGAGCAGUUCAAUGAGACACAUCAACCUUUCCAUCAUCUAUUAUAAUGUUUUCCUCCAGAUGUGCAAGGCCCAUGGGAUUGGAUAUGAUGUCCAGCAGAAAGAGGGAACUCUUUUCACAUUGUUUGAAGACCAGAAGAGACACAUAUUUGGAAUGCUAACAAUUGGAGAACAUCUCCAGGGGGUCCUCAUGACCUUUGCUCGCCAUCUCUUCAUCAUCUAUCAAGAAUUAUCAGCACCUAAUAUGCAUGCCGAGACCAAUUUUAAGGGAGCAGUCCAAGAAAUUGAAACGAUUCUGGGAGUUACAGAACAAAACAAGCUAAAAUUUGAAGAAGAGGAAGAACAGGCUGCCAAAGCACAAGCUUCUACAAAAUAGUUGAACAUCCCCUCUUCUCCAUAAACUAUGUGGGAAAAGUUACUAUCUUCAGAUUCUUUAUCAAGUUGCCAGUGCUGAUGAGGUAUUCCACUCUGCAAUAAACACUUCACAUACAACCCCUCUGUUUUUGAUUUUUGAAAAACAAGCUUAGCUGAAGAUACACAGGUGCCAGAUGUGAGUCCCAAACCAACGGACCUUUUCUCAUUGGGAAUUAUAUUAGAUGCUAUUUCCUCUAUUUUGACUUAGAUAAAUAUUGAUUUAUUCUUCUAAUAAAAUGUGGAUGUAUUUACUUUUUAAAAA